UCGAGCUCCCGGGGUCCCCCUUCUCGGGCCAUCCCGAUCCGUCUUCUCCAGGGUAUGUUCCCGAUUUGAGGUGAAACCAUGACAAGAAGUUAGAACAAAUAAUAAUGCUUUUCCGCAAUCGCUUCUUGCUGCUGCUGGCCCUGGCUGCGCUGCUGGCCUUCGUGAGCCUCAGCCUGCAGUUCUUCCACCUGAUCCCAGUGUCGGCAGCUAAGAAUGGAGCAGGUGGCAAGAGUCGAAAGAGAGUCAUGCCCAACCCGGUGACAGAGCCCCCCGUGAUGGACCCCAUUUAUGAAGCUCUUUUGUACUGCAACAUUCCAAGUGUGGCCGAGCGCAGCAUGGAAGGUCACGCCCCGCAUCACUUUAAGUUGGUCUCAGUGCACGUGUUCAUCCGCCAUGGGGACAGGUACCCACUGUAUGCCAUUCCCAAAACGAAGCGACCAGGAAUUGACUGCACUCUGGUGGCUAACAGGAAACCAUAUCAUCCUAAACUGGAAGGUUUCGUUAGUCACAUGUCAGAAGGAUCCGGAACCUCUUUUGAAAGCCCCUUAUACUCCCUGCCUCUUUACCCCAAUCACCCGCUGUGUGAAAUGGGAGAGCUCACGCAGACAGGAGUGGUGCAGCACUUGCGGAAUGGUCAGCUACUGAGGGACAUCUAUCUAAAGAAACAUGAACUCCUGCCGAGUAACUGGUCUACAGACCACCUUUACUUGGAGACCACUGGGAAAAGCCGGACUCUACAGAGUGGGCUGGCCUUGCUUUAUGGGUUUCUCCCAGAUUUCGACUGGAAGAAGAUUUAUUUCAGGCACCAGCCAAGUGCCCUGUUCUGCUCUGGAAACUGCUACUGCCCGGUGAGAAACCAGUAUCUGGAAAAGGAGCAGCGUCGUCAAUACCUCUUACGUUUGAAAAACAGUGAGCUGGAGAGGACCUAUGGGGAGAUGGCCAAGAUUGUGAACAUCCCCACCAAGCAGCUCCGAGCCGCGAACCCCAUAGACUCCCUGCUCUGCCACUUCUGCCACAACAUCAGCUUCCCUUGCACCAGAAAUGGCUGCAUUGAUAUGGAGCACUUCAAGGUGAUCAAGACACAUCAGAUAGAGGAUGAGAAAGAGAGGCGGGAGAAGAAACUCUAUCUUGGGUAUGCACUGCUGGGUGCCCACCCCAUCCUGAAUCAAACCAUCAGCCGGAUGCAGCGUGCUGCGGAAGGCAGGAAAGAAGAGAUCUUUACCCUCUACUCUGCCCAUGAUGUCACUCUGUCACCAGUUCUCAGUGCCUUGGGCCUUACGGAAGCCAGGUUCCCAAGGUUUGCAGCCAGGUUGAUCUUUGAGCUGUGGCAAAACAGAGAAAAGCCCAGUGAGCAUUCCAUCCGGAUUCUUUACAAUGGCGUUGAGGUCACGUUCCACACCACUUUUUGCCAGGACCACCGCAAGCUUUCUCACAAACCUAUGUGCCCCUUUGAAAACUUAGUCCACUUUGUCCAAAGGGACAUGUUUGCAGCCCUGGGUGGCAGUAGUACUAGUUAUUAUGAUGCAUGUCAUAGGGAAGGAGUCUAAAAGGUAUACUGUACAGUGCUUAUAAAAUCUAUGCCGGUACAGAAGAAAUGGGAAGGGUUCCCUUCUAGUUCUUUCUGUUGCUAAGGGUACAUGAUAUUGACCUUUAAAGGCUAGAAAUCCUGUUUGGGAGCCAUAUAGAUGGCUUGGGUUGAAGAGUAAGUACGCUGCUAUAAUCUGGUACGUGAGUUACAUGGUACACGAUUGCCAGUUCAUAGAGAAAGGAAGGUACUUAGCACAGCCAGGCUUUGCUCAGAAGGCCCGAAUAGUGUUUUGAUACCCAGAGAUGCUGAUCCAAAUUUGUAUUCUUUUGGCCUGCCAUGGUAUGGUAUGAUGGCACCAGCAAACCUCAGCCAAAAUUUUCUUAAUCUGGGACAGUCUUAUCUUGUCCUGUUUGUUCAGUGAAAAAUUUCCUGAAGUGAUUUAUCUAAAAUAGAGGUGGGCACAUUUUUCCUGUCAAGGGCCAGAUAGUAAAUAUUUUAGGCUUUGCAGCCAAGGCUACAUGCAGUCUCUGUCACGACUAUUUAACUCGCUGUUGCAGUGCAGAAGCAGCCGUAGACAAUACGUAAGCACGUGAGCGUGGCUGUGUCCGUGCAUGGUACGAAACUGGCGUAGUAGAUAUGGUCCCUGGGCUGUAGCUUGCCGAGCCCUGAUCUAAGAGUCUCUACUACAGCUGCACUUUCAGCACUUUGAGACCUGACUGAAUUCCAGGAAUUAUUCAGCAGUGGUGUCUCCAGUAACUUCUGCUAGAAACACAGAAUUUGGUCUGUAUCUGACAUCGUAACAAAACUUGAGGGGAAAGAAACACUGAAUUGGAAUGAAUCAGAGAAAAGCUAUUAGAAUAAUACUUGAUGUUCAUGAUGAUUGUGGUACUAGUUUGAUGUUUCAAAUAUUUGCUGUAGUCUAUUUGCUGUAUAUGCUGAAAUUUUUGUACCCCACUUAGUAUUUUUAUAGCCUAGUAUUUUCUAAGACCAGUUUUAGAUGUGCUCUUACUCAUAGAGUAAGAUUCAAUUUCCUGUACCUGCCUGGUGUUCAGAAGGGGGCCAGAAGCUGAAUUCGGGCACUUUCUCCCAAUAAAACUAAUUAUGGCUCAUUCCCUUUGACAAACCAUAGAAUCGGAUCCAUUUUUUUUUUUUUUUUCAUUUUCAUCAGUUUCAAACUGUAAAUUCUGAUUGAUUUUUAAAUAAGUUUUUGGAAGUGCUUUGUUACCGGAUAGUUAAAUAAUCUUUGUAAGGUAUUUUAUAUAUUAGAAGCAAUUACAAUUAAAUCUGUGAUUUCUGAACUAAUGGUGCUAUUUCUUUGUGAAGAAAUGUGAGUGUGUAAGUGAGGUCUUCCAGGGUCAUUGGCAUUCCAGCCUUUUCUCAGUUUUGUUCAGCGUUGCACUUGAAUACGUUUCUAUUAAUAAAUUUUUGAAGAACACUUGUACUCUACAACUAAUGGUUUAUACCUACAAAUCACUCUAGUUCUUCUCAAGUGAGAGCUGAUAUUUUUGAAAUGUAUCUUAACUGCUUCUUUUAUUGCUGGAAAUGGUGUGUUAUCUCACCAGUAUUUUAAGCCCCAUCGAUUUUUUUUGCUCCCACUCAUAAUAUAUCUGAAUUAGAACUACUAAGCCCUGCUUGAAGAUUUAAAAAUAAGAGUGAGUCUGAAGAUUUUUUUUUUAAAUCAAAUUGCAACAUCUAUUUUAAAAGUAAACAUUGGAUAAGAGUCAACACUGAAGUGAAGAGGUAAGUUUUACCUCCCACGACACUGGAUAUGCACAGCAUUAAAUUAUCUUCCUCAAUAUCAGGUUUCUGAGACACUUCAUUCAAUAAAUGACAGCUGAGCUGGAAUUAAUGGACACAGCCCUUGGUUUCUGGGCACUGGUCUAAUAUGUUAAUUCAUGACAAGUGUGGGUGUAUACAUAUAUAUUUAGCUCUCCUAUUUUUCUGAUCAAAAUUAAUAUAUGCUCAUUGGAAAAUAAUCAAGCAGUACUGAAAAACAAUGCCAGAUGUUGACAUUCCUCUAAUCCCACAUCCAGAAAUGACACUGUGUGCAGUUUGAAAACGUUCCUCCAGAAAUUUCCCAUGCAGAUGCUGAAAUUUACAUCAUUUUUUAAUAGGCACAGGAUCAUUUUACAUUUGGUUGUUCUGUGACUUGCUUCCCUUAACAAUGUAUUUUAUUAACUUGUUUCCUUUAACAGUGUGUGAUAGGAGUAUUUCUCAUUAACUUGCAUCUCUUAACAGUAUGUCUUGGAGAGAUUUCCAUGUUGAUAUAUAUAUAUAUAUA